AUAUAUAUAUUUUCAUGUUUUGUUGACAUUGACAGUGUCUGAAGCCAAGGUGGAGAACGACGCGCUGCUGACAGACUGAGAAUUGGUGCAGGCGGAGAGAGGAGUAGGAUGUUCGACGAGGGACGAAAUGAUUUUUUUCUCGCUGGAGCCUGUAACGUAUCGAGGAGAGCGAAAGAAAGAGACGGGGAGACGUGUGAAGGGCGCUCAAACCGCGUAUAGAGAGACGGGGAGACGCGUGACUGUGCCGAUAGAGGGGAAUCGGUGUUACUCGUGGCACUGCUGGGAUUAGUGGUACGCGGGGACUGGUAUGUCGAUUGUGAGCAGCGUGCGGUUUAAGUUGAACGCGAAGGCCACGAUUGUAUGAUUGUUACGAGAGCGAGCGACGCUGACGCGUGCACAAGUCGAGCCGUGCAUCGCGGUACGGUGGUAGUCACGAAAGUGAACAGCAUUCCAAAGUGAAUGCACUCGCUGAACAUAUCCGAACACUCGAAUAGUGAACAUACUCUAUACAAGAUAAAUAAUAAUUCUUAUCUUUAGUCUCUUACUUUAGUGGUUUCAAUUUUAAUUUUGAAAUGACAAGGUGCAUUGUGAAUGGUGAAAGACUCGCUGUAACUGGUACAAUUCUUUGAAGAGGAAGAAUGUCGACAGCGAUGGCCUAAUCCUAAUGAUAAUUUCGUAAAAGAUAAUUAAUAUUCAAUUUCUUAUCGCUGGUUGAUUACCGAAUAAAACCAUCACCUGGAAAAUGAUCGCUAUUCUAUCUCUUCUUGGCCCCCUCAUGAUUUGUAAUCGCGGAUAAAAAGCUGAGAUUAUUUAAUUAAUGUUGAUAAAAUGAAUCGUAGAUGAAUCAUAGCGAGUGAUUCAAGCUGGACGAGAUUCUUCCGUGGAAUCUUCGGUCGCGUCGCAGCACAUAACAGAAAGGCGCCGCUCGCGAGGCAGGUGCACUCGGAACGAGAAGCGCGCGAAAGAAGACGAGUGCGAGGAGAAGGUGAAGAAAAGGCGAAAAAAAACGAGGAAGCAGAAGAAGAAGAAGAAGAAGAAGGAGAGUGCGGAAAUCGGUCGUCCAAAGAGUAGCGUGCGAGUGAGGCCCCCUACGGCGAUAAGGCGAGGCCCGGGUGUCGGUGGAGGGAACGACGUAUGUAUCGCGCGGGGCCGGUCGUGCGAACCGGGCCCGCUGUCGCCGCCGUUGCUACUCGUGAGAGAUCGCGCGCUGACCCAGAUUUCGGCGGGUCAAACCGGCGCGAGGAGGCCGCGGCGGACUUUCUGAAAUGGGACACGGCGCAGCCUGGAGCUAAAUUAGCCGCGAUGUCCAAUAAGAGUAAGUCCCAACCGCAGCAGCAGCCGCAGCCGCAGCACUAUCAGCAGCAGCAGCAGCAGCAGCAGCAGCCGCCGCAGCAUCAUCCUUCGCACGUGAUCAAGUCAGUGGAGCACCUACCGCCGCGCUAUCAGCCUCCACCACAGCCCACCAGCGGUAUCCUGAAGAAUCAUCUUCACUUCGCCAGCGGAACUACGUCGACGCCGAGCGCGGCUCAGGCCGGCAAUAAUCAAGGUCCGGGCGCGGCCUUGAACCAUCAUCAGAGCACGCAGCCGCGCACGUUGCUGCCGGCACCACCGUCAUCGCAACAUCAUCAUCAUCAUCAUCAACAGCAACAACAACAACAGCAACAUCAGUCGCAAUCGCAGCAACAAUCGCAGCAACAGCAGUUACCGAAGGAUGCGCAAAGCAAGUACUCGCCGAGGAUAGAGCAUCGUCAUCAUCAUCCCCAGCCGGCUAAUCCGCUGAUCGCUGCCGCGUCGGCGGCGGCGUCCAAGAGCCAACAGCAGUCGCAGCCGUCGACCUACCUUCAACAGCCCAAGCUCGGCCAAGGCGCAUACUUGCCACCCAGCAGCCAGUACCCGGCAGUAAACAACGGCCAGAGUGCGCCAGUCAGACAGAGAAUCAGCGACGACGAAUUCUUGCGACUUGGUCCCGUGGAGAUGCUCAAGUUUGUGCGGAAGACCGAGAGUGACAUCGCUAGGCUCGCCGCCGAGCAGAAUCGCCAGAUACAAAACUUGUUGAAUGAGCUGCGGUUGCUGAAGGAGGCCAACCAAAGGCUAAACGACGAUAACCAGGAACUGCGCGAUUUGUGCUGCUUUUUGGAUGACGACCGACAAAAGGGUCGCAAGCUGGCGAGAGAGUGGCAGAGAUUCGGCCGAUACACAGUGAGCGUUAUGCGACAAGAAGUCUCAGCUUAUCAGAAUAAGUUACGUCAACUGGAUAAUAAACAGCAAGAGUUGAUUAAGGAUAAUCUGGAGCUCAAGGAGCUGUGUCUGUAUCUCGAUGAGGAACGCGGCGGUGGUCAAAGGGACGACGGCGAUGGAUCGAGUUCGAGCACGAAUGCCGAGGAGACUGCGCCGCCGAGGCCAAGGCACACUUCCACAUUUAACGACCAAACGAUGCAGUACGUGAGAAAUUUGGAGCAACGGGUGAAGCAAUUAGAAGAAGAUAAAAGUGUUCUUCAAGCUCGUGCGCAAGGUUGGGAGCACCUACCAUCGGGCGAAGUUUGGGACAGCCCCGCGAGCCCGAACGACAAUACUCAUCUAGGAAGCCGACCAGAAGCCGUAGUGCGCGCUCUUCAAGUUCUCGAGGUCAGAGAACAAUUGGAAAGAGAAGAAGGUCACGACGGUGAGAAGGCGUUGGUUAGAGAAAUGUGUAAUGUCGUCUGGCGGAAAUUGGAGGAAGGUCCGCAAGCGAGGCAUUAACGUGCCAGAAAAACAAACUAUUUGUCAAUUUUUAAAUACUGUUAACAUAAAAUAAUAAGUUCUAACAUACGUUCAUGACGUAAAGAUAGUAUUAUAGCGGAUAAUGUGAACAAUAUUUUAUGUAGAUUUUUAUAUAAUUGUAAAAUAAUGUCGAUAUGAGAGUAUCGAUAAUACCUAUUUAUGUAAAUGUAACUUUCACAGAUUGUCUAUUAUAACAAAGUAUUUUUACAAA